AUGCAGGCUUGUAAAAACAGUGAAUUGGAAAAGCCAGAUGAACGAUCAGAUGCGUCUAAAUUAAUGUUCAACUGUGAUAAAAAUUAUUUUCAACUGUGUUAUUUGAAAUUAAAAAAGUCUUCCCCACCCGUUUAUGUCAGCUUACCGUCAUGUAUCGCCUGUCACAGAUGUGGAUCAAUGAUGAGGUUAGGAAUACGAAAAUACAAAGUUAAUGGCGCUGUGCGGGAACUUCGGGCUUAUCGUUGCAGCAAGAAAGGUUGCCAGACGUUUCGUUCUCCCCAAACACUAAUCUAUCCUAAACCGUUAAAAAAUGCUGGACAUGUUAGAAAUGUGAGGAAGACUUCACCUGUGAAGAGACAGCAGCUUAUGAAACAAGAAGAGGAAAAGUACUCCCAGUCUUUGCUUUUUCCUUGGUUGAAAGUAUCUCGUUAUUCAACAACUUUCGAACUUCGAGUCGUUAAAUUUCUUAGUUCAGGUGUCCUAAACGAUCGCGGAUGGGAAAACGUUGGAUCUGAACCUUUGAAUCGUCUACCGAGUUUCAGUUCAAAUUGA